UGGUAAACAAGCCGAGCAGAGAGAGGGGGCUGAAAUAUGGGCGUCCAGUCGACAGUACACUGCUCUGCCUUUUCAAGACUACUCGAUGAACUCUGUUCUAUUAUUUGAAUUUGGCAUCUCAUGUUAAUGUUCUAGGCUAUGCGUAGGCAAAAUGUGACGUAUGCUCGAACGAGGUUCAAGUAACAACUGGCUUGUUCUAGGCUGGAAGACAAAGCAUGCAACUCAAGAAAGAGUUUGAGAAUAGGGUGACGUAUAAUGCAUACAGUUUAGACGCAGCAGCAUAUCGUGGUUUAAUAAGACACCGGGUUAUUGCGAGAACACUUUCGCUUUAAUUUUGUUUCGAUUCUUUCGCGGGGGAAUUGUCAUGUCACGGUGAGAACGACAUUUUUAUUUCUGGGUUUCGAUAGUAAAGUGCAUGCACACUGGUGCAAAAAUGGAGGAUUGCGAUAGAAACGAUCAAAAGAGAGAAGUCAAGAAGACAGAGGGGUGUUUUGAAAUGACAUGUUCAGCACUAACUGUGGAUGAUGUAUACGAAAUUGCCAAAUUGAUUGGCUUGGAAGUGGAAAAACUUAUUGACGGCUACGGUAAAGAGAGCGCCACAGGACUGGUGCCUAAAAUUGUCAAAGUUCUAGAGCUUUUGGAGAGCUUCGCCUCGCGGAACCAUGCACACAAGUCAAAAGAAGAAGAAUUACUUAAAGCAUUCGAAACGCUACAUGUACAGAAACAGAAGAAGACGAGAUGCGUGAAAGAAUGCGAAGAAAGCAGCAAGAACGAAAUACAGCGGCUCCUCCUUGUCCCCCAGCAGGAGGUGCAGCAGGAGGAGGUGGAGAAGCAGAGGAGGAAGUGCGAGGAGCUGCAGGCCCAGGUGUUACAUCUACAGACGGAGAAUCAGGAGUUACAGAGCUGCCUGAGGGGCAACCAUGCCCAGGAAGACCGUGUCCAACGGCAGGAACGGGAGGUGAUGCUGAAACUGAAGGAGGUGGUUGACAAGCAGAGAGAUGAGCUGAGGGCCAAAGUACAGCAGAUAGCCAACGUUACUAAAGAGGUGGAGGCGCUGCAGGAGCAUUUGGAGCGCUUCAUGAAGAUGAAUGGGGAGCUGAGACACAAGCAGAGCAUCGUCACGGCCCAGGUGAAGAGUGCUGUGGAGAGGAAGGCUGACAUGGAGGCAGACCUCCGAGAGAAACAGAAAGAGAUAGAACGCCUCACCACCCAGCUGGAAAAGGCCAACGCUGCUGCUGGCACGGCCAGUCCGUGUAAGACAGAAGUGGACCUGACUGACAAGCUGGUGAUAGACCUGAAGGAUCCAAACAGACCCUGUUUCACCAAACAGGAGUUUAGAGAGAUGCUGACAGAGAGGAACGAGCUCAAAGCCAACCUGUUCCUGGUGCAGGAGGAACUCUCCUACUACCAGAGGGAGAUCCUGAAUGAUGAGCGGUGUCCAGGCUUCUUGCUGGACGCAGUACGUUCUGCCAUAAAGAAACAGAAAACUGUCAUCAAGGCCAAGAUGCUGGGCAUGCCAGAGGACGAAUGCAGCAGUGAUGAGGAGAAAGGCCCCCUGUUUGAGAGGAGAGCAGAGACAGAAACCGAGACCGACAGCACUGACAGCAAACCACAAGAGUCUCGCAUCAGGAACCUCUUUGGCUUCCUGACCCGCUCCGGCAGCAACCACAUCAGCCGUGGUCCCAGUGAAAACAAUGCUGCUUCUUCCUGGGAAAUCAUCGGCAACACCGACAACACCGCGGAGACAGAACCGUGACGAUCACCAUAACAACCCUCAACACCCGUCCAACUACACUUGUCCUCCAUUCUGUUCAGUUUUCACUGGAUUUUUCAGACUGUUUAGGUGUCCAUAGCAGCCCUAAGAAAGGAAGAGCAUUCUCUCAUUCUCUCAUGCUUUCCUUCUUUAUUUUUUAUUACUUGCUCUAUAUACCUUUUUCUUCCUCUCUCUCUCUUUCUCUUCCUCUUUCGCUCCCUCUGUUUCUCUCAGGAAUAGGUUCAGAAUGGUGAAAUGGCCAACUGUACACUUUGCAUUGACAAUAACUGUGCAGGACGUUAUUAAGAGGGACUUUUUUAAUGGAUAAUGUUUUUGUACUUUUUUUUUAGUAUUUGUAUUCAACAUUAUAGUGACGUGUAUGGUAUGUAACCAUCUACAACAAAUCUCUGUUGAAUCUCUUAAGCAAAUUUGUAUUGAGAUAUUUUAACAAAUAUGUUUAGCCAAAGAUACCAGAUAUAUUUUGACCACAGCAAUCAUUAGUAAUCGCAGGAACACGUUUGAGCCACAAGAGGGCAUUCUAACUAUUAAACAACCAUGGUGGACUUCCAUGUGUUUAACAUUUUA